AUGGAGGCUUCGGUAUUGUCGGACGCAGGAAGCGACGAAACGCGUAACGGUGAAGCCAAGCAGAGCGAGACGAGUGGAAGCGAAGGUGGAGAGCAAGAGACGCAGAGGGACGGACAGGAAAAUCAGGAGGAGGACAGAGGCGGGGUGAGAGGAGACGGGGCGAGAGGAGACAGUUCGGAGCCGCAUUUGCUGACCAUCGAGGAGGCGACGAUGCGAGUAAGGGCCAUUGCGCAGGAGAUCGCAUUUCCUGAGCGACGAAGGGGACGUGGAAGGGGCUACGGCGGAAGGAGUCGGGUUCGCGGAAGGGCGGAGCGGAGUGGGGCGGGACUGGGGGAAGGAGGAGCGGAGGAAAGAAGAGAAACGGAGGAGAAGCAAAGAAGUGAGGAGGAGCGAAACGAAGAGGAGAGGACACGAGAGGAGGACGAUGGAACUGAGAAGAAGAAAGGAGAAGACGAGAAUUCGCGAAACCUGGAGCAAGAAAGGGCUGGGGCAGACGGGGUGGGAGGCGACGGGAUGGUCGGCCGUGCGGAGCAACAGAAAGAGGGGAAUGUAGCGGUAUUGGAGCAAGAAAGAGCGAGAGCCAUAGAGCGCCUUAGGCUGCUCUACCACAUAUGCUACAUGGCGGAAGCUGCCAGGAAGCUGGGCUUGGACGGGUCGGCGGCGGCGUUUGUCCCGUUGUGCAGGGAGCUGGCCAAUGACAGCGAGCCUGAGAUCCGCCAGACGCUCGCUGAGCAGAUCCCACAGCUGCUGCGCGCAUAUGCCCCGGCGGGCAGCAGGGCGCGCGGGGCACUGAUGGAGCUCAUGGACGUGGCGAACCUGCUGCUGCUGGACGAGGCUGAGGAGGUGCAAGUGGCGAUGGAGGGUGGCUAUGUGGCAAUGAUGGCGUACGGUGUAGAGGAGGACGCAGCGGUGGAGGCGAUGCUGCUUGAUGCCCUCCUGCGCCUCGCGCUGCUGCCGCACUCCCAACCUGCUCGCGUCUGCGCUGCCUCUGUACUGGUGCGCUGUGCAGCGGUGAUGAGUCGCCCCCUCUUUGAGCACCGAGCCGUGCCGCACCUGCUUGCGCUCGCUGCUGACGUGCACUUCCAAGUCAGAAAGGCUGUAGCAGAGGGCUUGGCGCAGUGCUGCAGGGCCAUGGGGGCCAAUGCUGCAUGCCUGGACGGCUCUCUGCUACCCCUGUUCGCCUCGCUCUGUUCCGACACAUCCUGGGCCGUGCGAGUGGCGUGUGCAGAGGGCAUAGUGGCAGUGGCAGAGGCGGCUGUUGCUCUCACGCCCAAGGCAGCCGCUGCUGGUGAGAUGGAGAGUGCAAACGCUGCAGCACAGGGGCUUGAAGCUGCAAGUGAUUUGUCAAGAGAAGCUGCACCUGCUACUGAGGAAGUCAGUAUGGGGGAUGUGGGGCUCGCAGGAGAGACAAGGGUGCAGGGUGGUGGGAUGGUGUCUGGAGCGGUGCGGCACGGUGGAAUGGGGUCUGAGAGUUGGGGGGAGAUUGAAGAAGUGCGGGAGACUAGGGAGGAAGCGGGUAAGCUUGAACCAUCAGCGUGGGUGCGGGAGGCAGCCCUUCAAAUGCUGGGGCCGCUGCUCUCCGUGCUGCGCGGCGCUGACAUGCGGGUGGAGAGCAGGGGCGCUGACAUGCGGGACCUGGUGCACAUGUUUACGAGCAUGGCACAGCCAGUGCCCAUGGGCGAUGAUGGCGAUGCUGAUGCUGAUGCUGAUGCUGAUGCUGACGACGACCGCCUGCCGCUCUACUGCGCCUUCAACUUCCCAGCGGUGGUGGUGGGGCUGGGCCCAUCGCGCUGGUGGGAGCUGGAGGCAGCAUACGCCCACCUGCUCGCCUCGCCCCAUCUGGCGGUGCGGCGCACACUGGCGUGUCACGUGCAUGAGCUGGCGGGGCUGCUGGGGCCAGCCAUCACCGUGCGCUGCCUGCUUCCGGCUCUGGAGGCGAUGGUUUGCGACGAAGACGAGGUGCGCAUGGCUCUGGUGCCCACAUUCACGGCCUUCAUGGCGUGUCUGCCCGCCUCCCACCGCCCUCACUGCGCGCGCCUGCUGCCACGCCUGCUGUGGCGCCAGGGGCUCACGCCCCAGGAGGUCCACGCUCAGGAGAUGGCAGCUCAGCGCGCUGCAGAGGCUGCAGAGGCUGCAGAGGCUGCAGCAUUAGCAGCGGCAGCUGCAUCAGCCGAGGGCGGAGAACGAAGGGAGGGAGGAGAGAGAAGUGAAGGAGAGGGGAUUGAGGGAGGAGAGGGAGGAGGGGGGGGAAGUGAGGGGGAAGAGGGUUGUGCGUCAGAAGCAGUGCCUUGUGCUGCUGGAGGCGCAGAGGGAGCGGGGAGGAGACCAGAGGGACUCGUGAUUGCUCCCUUGGACCCGAGUGCGCAUGUGGGAAGCUGCCUUGCAGAGAGUCCUGUGGCACCACGCCCCUCUGAAGAGGGACUCGUUAUAAGUAGUGGUGUGAUCCAGGAGGCAAGUGGAGAUGGUGAGGAGUAUGUGGAUAGCCCUCGGUACCCACCGCCGCCAAGGAGCCUCGUGGGUGGUGCUGCGGAUGGGGCUGUUGAGGGUGGGAGUAACACGUGUGACAGUGGCGAGAGAGAGGUAAAUCCAUGUGACAUUAACGAGGGGGAGCGGCUGGAAGCUGGGCAGGGUGGUGAGGGAAAGGAGGCGAGGGAGGAGGCGAGGGAGGAAGUGAGAGAGGAGACGAGGGAGGAAGUGAGGGAGGAGGCGAGGGAGGAAGUGAGGGAGGAGGCGAGGGAGGAGGCGCGGGAGGAGGCGAGGGAGGAGAGCGGUGGGCUGUGGGCGAAGAUAGUGAGUGGGCUGGGUGGCCUUGGCACAGGCGGUUGGCUGGGGGAGGUGGCAUUUGGGGGAGGCGUGGAGGUUAAGGGUGGGGAGGUGUCAUUGGGGGGUGGUGUGGAUGGUGGUGGCGGGGAGGUGGCAUCUGAAGCGGGAGUGGAUGGUGGUGGAGGGGAGGUGGGGCGUGAGUCUGCAAGGCGGAGUGUGGAGGGGGGUGAGGGGCGUGGUGAUGAUAGUUUGAAUGAAGGGAGUGAGAGCAGUAGUACUAGUGGUAAUGGUGUGAUAGCGGGUAGUGAGAGUAAUGGGGAUAGGUUGAGCGAGGGGAGUGGGAGAGGGAACGAGGGGAACGGGGCAGAGGGAGAAGAAGGAGCAGUGGGGACAGAAAGGGCAAAUGGGGCAGAGGGGGCAGAGGCAGCAGAAGAAACGGAGAGGAAAGUGCAGGGGUCGCAGGCUGAGUUGAGAGGGGACCAGGGGGAGCUUGAGGAAGACGAAUGCAGGGCGGACGACAGAUCUAUGGGAGAGGAAGGAACGCAGAGAAGGGAGCAGGAACAAGGCAACAGAGAAGGGGGGAAUGGAGGAGGAGGAGGAGGAGGAGGAGGAGGAGGAGGAGGAGGAGGAGGAGAAGGGAAGGAUGUGGAGGAGGGACCAAAUCAUGAUAGUCCCAUGAGGAAGCUCGAGGAGGAGUCUAACCAGUCUACCGUGCGCAUCCACGUGGCGGCAGCGGAUUCGCCGAGGCCGCUGGUGCUGGGCGGCAGCAACCCGAGUGUGCAGGUGCAGCUGAGGCCGCUCCCCAGCCGCAACCGCGUGCGCCCGCAGAUGAGGGUGGCCGGCAGAGAGAGCUCCUGGCACCUGCGCCUCGCUGCUCUCAGGUGGGCGGCUGUAUGUAUGUUGGCAGCUGUGCUCAGGGGGGCGGUGAAAGUGAGCCAAGCGUCAGGAGUGGCGCAGCUGUUGCCGCCCAACAGUGCCGCCCUGCCUCUCCUCAUCGACCUCGCUCUCUCCCUCUGCAGGGAUAGAAUCGCCACGGUGCGGGAGGAGGCAGCCACACAGCCUCGUGCAACUGACUUGUAUGUUUCCGAGCCUCACGGUGGUCCGGGCAGCAGCACAGUGCAUGGAGGGGGUGAAGCCAGAAGCGGGGAUGGGGGCAACAAUAGCAGGGAGAGCAAGGGCAGAAGUGCGCAGGGGGGUGCGGAGGAUGGGGUGCAUGAACGCGGAGUGGCCACUGGCAACAGGCACCAUCAUAAUUGCAAGCACCUGCAUGCCUCUGCUGGCAAUUCGGCUGCUGUGAAACCCCAUGAUGCGGCUGUGAAGGGCGUCCAUCCCCACCCUGCCUCUCACCCAGAUGCCCAUCCAUCCGCUCCUCCUCCUCCCCUUGACUCGGAUGCAUCUGCCUCCGAGGCUCUCCUCGCUGCCUUGGCCCACCUGGCCUCAAGUCGCAACUUCCGCGACCGACAAACGUACUUUCUUCUCUCCCCAUCUCUCCCCUCAUCUCCCCUCCUCGUCCUCCUUUCCUCUUGCCUCUCCUCCUCUCCCCUCUCUCCCCUCAUCUCUCUCAUCUCCCCUCAUCUCCCCUCCUCGUCCUCCUUUCCCCUCGCCCCCCCUCCUCUUCCCUCUCUCCCCUCAUCUCUCUCAUCUCCCCUCAUCUCCCCACCUCGUCCUCCUUUCCCCUCGCCUCCCCUCCCCUCCCCUCUCUCCCAUCAUCUCCCUUAUUUCCCCUCAUCUUUCUUUGUCCCCCCUUGUUUCGGCUCGUCCCUUCUUUCCAUCAAUCUUGUUGAUCUCCCCAUUUUUUUUGCUUUGCCUUUAUGGUUAGGUUCGGCAUAG